AUGGCUCACUACCAGGAGGUGGACUACUGCUCGGAGGAGGUGAAGUCGGUGACCAGCCCUGCCGGUUUCGGCCGCCACGGCGUCCAGCAGCACGUCGUCAAGGAGAAGUUCGAGGAGGUCGACAUGGUGUCACGCGCCGGCGGCCGCCACGGCCACUUGGAGGCCCGCGAGUCCAAGUUCGAGGAGGACGUCAACACCUGCACCGGCGAGUUCCACGAGCGCAAGGAGAACUUCGUCGUCAAGUCCGACAACUGA